AUGGGGCCGCUUCCUCCCCUGCAGUCACAGGGCUGUGAGCUGGCAGCCCAGCGCCACAACCGCAACGGCUCCUCCGCGCCAGCCUACGCCCGGCGUCCACAGCCGCCACAGCCGCUGGAGGACUGCACGCUGCAGGUCUCGCCCUCCGGACACUACCUGGACCUCGACUUGUCCCUCCUGGAGCAGAAGGAUGAUCUGGAGGGUUUCUACGAGGAAGUCAGGAAGGGGAGACGGCCGACCCUGAUCCUGCGCACGCAGCUCUCCGUCCGAGUCCACGCCAUCAUCGGGUCCAUGAACCACAACGAGACCGUCCAGUGGCUGUACACGCUGUCAGGAAGCCCGUUUCGCCUGGUGGUGAAGAUGGCGCUGAAGCUGCUGCUGGUGUUCGUGGAGUACACGGAGGCCAACGCCCUGCUCCUCAUCCUCGCCGUCAACGCUGUGGACCAGGCGAGAGGCGCGUGCCCGUGGUCCAACCUGAUGGCCAUCCUGGAGCAACGCAACGGGGCUGACACGGAGCUGCUGGUGUUCGCCAUGACGCUGAUCAACAAGACGCUGGCAGCCCUCCCAGACCAGGACACCUUCUACGACGUGACGGACUGCCUGGAGCAGCAGGGCAUGGAGCGGGUGGUGCAGCAGUACCUGGGCAGCAAGGGCACCGACCUCGACUUGAAGCAGCAGUUCUCGCUCUACGAAAGAGCUCUCCAGCUGGAGGAUGGGGUGGAGGAGCUGCUCCCGGGGGGACGCAAGGAGCGGAGGAGGACGGAUGAGGGCCGGCGUGGGUGGCGAUCCCAGGGUGGCUGCCCAGAGCCCAGCCCUGAUGCCCAGCCGCUGCUGGGGUCCCCUGGCACCCCAAAGGAGCCCCCCACCGAGGACACCCCAGCUGUCCCCGUGCCGAGCAGCCCCGAGCGGAGGAGGACGGAUGAGGGCCGGCGUGGGUGGCGAUCCCAGGGUGGCUGCCCAGAGCCCAGCCCUGAUGCCCAGCCGCUGCUGGGGUCCCCUGGCACCCCAAAGGAGCCCCCCACCGAGGACACCCCAGCUGUCCCCGUGCCGAGCAGCCCCGCAGAACCCUGUCCUGUCAGUGUCUACAACAGCGCGUCCAGCGUGCGGCUGGCCCUGGCCUCCCCUCCAGCUGAGAAGGAGCAGCCCCCGGGCCCGGGCGAGCGCAGCAUCUACAAGCUGCACCAAACUGCCCCUGUCUGGCGGGAGGAUGCCCCCUCCUUGCGUGGGGACAAGCCUAUUUUGAGGAAGUUUGAAGCUCGCUUCUUGGAGAACCUGGCCGCAGCCCAGAAGGAGAAGAUCUCUUCCAUGGCCAAGGGACGGCUCGAUGUCCUCAGUGAUACCAUGCUGGAGCAUCCCACCGCUCUCACGUGGGACAGGGACAGCGGCACCCCUGAGCCUGGGAUGGUGCCACCCAGCAUAAGGUCUCGCCUGGCUCGGCUGGACACCACCGACUCCUGUAGCACCAUUUCCUCCGACACCAAGUUUAUGCUGGACAAACUCUAUGCCAAGGGCUCCUCGGAGCCGGGGAGGGAGAAGGUCUUCCCUGAGGUCCCGUCGUCCCCCCUGGUCCAGAGUGAGGUGGAGAUGGACGCCGAGGGAGGUGGCAGCCGGGAGCAGGAGGGUGCCUGGCUCCAUGGCAGGGCCCCAGACGGGCCAGUGGCCAGCGCCCACGCCAAGCUGGCGCGUGCCAUGUCCAGCGUAGAUGCUGAGACCCACACUCAGAAGCUGGAGAACACUGGCAUGAUGCCUAUCAAGAAGGACAUGGAGCUGACGUGGGAGCGCCUGGAGGCCAGCCCCGGGCAGCUGAAGAUCAAGGACCUGGACUUCACUGAUUUGGGGGAAGAAGAAGACUUUGACAUCCUGGACACGGCGCCCAUGGCCAACGGCUCCUUCCUUCAUCCCGGCAUCGAAGCAACGAGCGCUGGAGCUCUCAUGGUUCCCCCGCCACCUCCUGCGGUCCCUGGCUGCCCACCACCUCCACCUCUACCUCCUGCGGUCCCUGGCUGCCCACCACCUCCACCUCCACCCCCUGCGGUCCCCAGCUGCCCACCCCCACCAGGGCUGCCAGGCCCCUCAGCAAUGGAUGGCCCCUCCCAGGCCAAGAAGAAGAGGACAGUGAAGCUCUUCUGGAAGGAGCUGAAGCAGCUGGAUGGCACCGUGGGGCCAGGCAGGUUUGGCCAGGUGACACUGUGGGCGUCCCUGCAGAACGUCGAGGUCAAUGCUGCCAAACUGGAGCAUCUCUUUGAGUCACGGUCAAAGGAAGUGCCAACUUCAAAGAAGGCCAUCGAUGGGAAGAAGGUGGUGGUGGUGCUGGACCCCAAGAGGAGCAACGCCAUCAACAUUGGCCUCACGGUGCUGCCACCCGUGCACAUCAUCAAAACAGCUGUGCUCAACUUUGACGAGUUUGCAGUCAAUAAGGAAGGGAUUGAGAAAAUCCUGACCAUGGUCCCGACCGAGGAGGAGAAGCAGAAGAUCCAGGAGGCCCAGUUGGCCAACCCUGAUGUGCCCUUGGGCUCUGCGGAGCAGUUCCUGCUUGCCCUGUCUUCCAUCAGCGACCUCACAGCCAGGCUCCAGCUCUGGGCCUUCAAGCUGGACUACGAGAGCCUGGAGCAGGAGAUUGCAGAGCCGCUCUUUGAUCUGAAGGUGGGCAUGGAGCAGCUGGCCAGAAAUCACACCUUCAAGUGCAUCCUGGCCACGCUGCUGGCCAUGGGCAACUUCUUGAACGGCUCCCAGAGCAGAGGCUUUGAGCUGGGCUACCUGGAGAAGGUCUCCGAAGUGAAGGACACGGUGCACCGGCAGUCCCUGCUCCACCAUCUCUGCCAGAUGGUGGUAGAGAAGUUCCCAGAAACCACUGACCUCUACUCAGAGAUUGCCUCCAUCACCCGCUCCGCCAAGGUUGACUUUGACGAGCUGGCCAACAGCCUGGUGCAGCUGGAGCGGAGGUACGGGGCCUCCUGGGACAACCUGAAGGUGAUUGCCAAGCACGAGACCAAGCCGGUGCUGAAGAGCAAGCUGACGGACUUCCUCAAGGACAGCACCCAGCGCAUUGUCAUCUUGAAGGUGGUGCACAGGCGCAUCCUCAACAGGUUUCACUCCUUCCUGCUGUACCUGGGGUACCCGGCGAGUGCAGCGCGGGACGUGAAGGUGACGCCCAUCUGCAAGCUGCUGCAGGAGUUCGCCCUGGCGUACCGCACCUGUCGGGAGAGCGUCCUGCAGCGGCAGAAGCCCGCCCCCCCCCCUGCCGUAGUGUCCAGCGGUCCCGAGGAGCAGAUGGAAGCGGGUCACGAGAGCAUGAAGAGCCUGCUGACCUCCCCCACGGACGCCCCUGCCCGCCGCAGCCGGGCCAGCCGGGGGACAGGGCACACCACCCCAGCUCAGGGCUCUCCAGCCCAGGAGGACGUUCCCAGCUCCCCAGACGACGCUUCGGAUGAAAUCAUGGACCGGCUGGUGAAAUCGGUGACACACAACGCCAAUCCCCGGCCCUGCGCCAACAAGGAGCGCAGGAGAUCUCGUGGCAAUAGGAAGUCCUUGAGACGGACGCUGAAGAGCGGGCUCAGCGAUGACCUGGUGCAGGCGCUGGGCCUGGGGCGGGCAUGCCGACAGGCUCCAGUGUCCCCCAUCGUCACCGCAAAGAAGGAUGGACCCACGUCCAUCCCAAGGGCUCUUUGA